AUGCCACGACCCGAAGAAGCCAGCACUUCCAAGUCCGUUUCUCCGCUCCCAGAGCCUCCAGCCACCUUCAAAUCUCUGGGACUCAUAGAUCCCCUUCUAGAGGCACUUGAUCGUGUGGGCUACAAAAAGCCGACCGAUAUUCAGCUGCAAUCAUUGCCACAUGCGCUAGAAGGACGAGAUAUCAUUGGAAUCGCCGCUACUGGCUCAGGAAAAACUGCUGCGUUUGCGCUCCCUAUUCUGCAAAAACUAUGGGAAGAACCUAAAGGGCUCUUCGCGUGCGUGCUCGCCCCGACUCGCGAAUUGGCGUACCAAAUCUCGGAGCAGUUUGAGGCAUUGGGUUCGGCGAUGGGUGUACGGUGUGCUGUGAUAAUUGGAGGGAUGGACAUGCCGACACAACAGAUUGCGCUAGCGAAGCGUCCCCACAUUGUCAUUGGGACCCCUGGCCGCUUGCUCGAUCACCUAGAAACAACGAAGGGCUUCAGCUUACGGACACUGAAGUUUCUGGUGCUUGAUGAAGCAGACCGUUUGCUGAAUAUGGAGUUCAGUGAAGCAAUUGACAAAAUUCUGAAGCUGCUUCCAAAGGAACGGUCGACAUAUCUUUUCUCAGCAACAAUGACAACAAAAGUCGCCAAGCUACAAAGGGCAAGCUUGACGAACCCCCUAAAAGUCGAGGUUUCCUCGAAAUACUCAACAGUAGACACCCUUCUACAAUACUACGUCCUGAUGCCGUUCAUUGACAAGCAUGCCUACUUCAUCUAUUUGGUCCACACUCUUGCGCAAAAUUCGAUCAUCGUUUUCGCUCGCACCAAAGCCGAAGCCCAGAUGCUAUCAAUAAUUCUCCGGAUUCUUGGCUUUGCAGCGGUUCCGAUCCACGGAGACAUGAGCCAAAGCCAAAGGUUAGGUGCCCUAUCAAAGUUCAAAAGUGGGAGUAGGAAGAUCCUUGUAGCUACCGAUGUUGCAAGUCGCGGUCUGGAUAUCCCCUCCGUUGACAUCGUCAUCAACUACGACGUUCCCCAGCAUUCCAAGGACUAUAUCCACAGAGUCGGACGAACAGCCCGAGCAGGCCGGUCGGGCAAGUCCAUCACUCUCGUAUCGCAAUACGACGUAGAGUUGUUGCUGCGCAUAGAGGAGGUGGUAGGAAAGAAGAUGGAUAUGUUUGAGACAGAGGCAGAAGAUAUCGCGGCGUUGAAAGAACGCGUUGAGGAGGCGGCAAGAGCAGCCAAGUCAGAGAUGAAGGACGCAGAUGCGAAUGGGAAGGGAAAGAAACGGAGACGAGAUGAUGGACGUGGUGGGAAAGAUGAUAGAGAUAGGGACGAUGAUGUCGUGGAGGCUGGCAUGCCCUUAGUGAAGAAAAAGUCCAAACAUCGACGAUGA